AAUCAGCUUUUUUUAUUAAAAAAAAAAGAAAACACCAAAUUCAAUCACAUUUCCUAUUUCUGACGUGACCAAAUGUGGAGCGGGCAGGUCAUUAGUGACUAGUGAUCGUCGUCGAAGGCAAGGAGUAGGGAAGGACAGAACAUGUGACCCUGUGGACAACAAAGCCUUCUCCGAAUAACCUUCAGGUCUCGUAGACUUUUUUCAAAAUCUUUCUUGUUAAUUUGGAUAAAGCUGUAGAUUCGGUUUCGACGGAAAAAGCGGUAUCGCGAUGAACGGAACGGUUGGACGCGUGCGAGAAUUCGGGAGGCGUCUCGCCCUUCCGGAAAGGUUGAACGCAUUUUGGACGCCUAGGAAGUUCUCGUCGGCAGUCGAAAAGCCGCCGGCUGCCAAGUCGUUCGACCAGCCUCCGCUCUCUGAGCCGACAAAGGGCCUCCCGAACGUCAUCUACGCAGGCAGCAGCAACAACGAUUGCAACAAAACCCAAAUCACGACCCUUCCGAACGGGUUGCGCGUCGCCUCUGAAAACAAAUUCGGCCAAUUUUGCACAAUAGGAGUAAUAAUUGAUUCUGGGUCACGGUAUGAAGUUGCUUAUCCGAGUGGAGUCACUCAUUUCCUCGAAAAAUUAGCAUUCAGUUCCACAACUUCAUACGCCGACAAGGAUAAAAUUCUUCAUGAACUCGAAAAACAUGGUGGAAUAUGUGAUUGUCUUGCAUCCAGAGAUACGUUUAUUUAUGCAACAUCAGCUGAUAGAAGGGGUUAUGAUACAGUUGUGAAAAUUCUCGGCGAUGUUAUACUAAGACCUCAAUUAACUAACGCUGAGAUCAAUUUGGCUUCCCAGUAUAUUAAAUUUGAACUUGAAAAUCUAAUGACAAGGCCAGAGCAAGAAGCAUUGCUUACCGAUAUGAUAUAUGCUGCGGCUUACAGAGACAACACCCUUGGUCUACCAAAAAUAUGCCCUGCUGACAACAUCUCAAUGGUUACGAGAAAUGUUAUUCUAACAUUUUUAAAAAGCCAUUAUCAUCCAAAGAGAAUGGUUGUUGCCGGAGUUGGGAUUGAUCACAACCAACUUGUUGAAGCAGUGCAGAAACAUUUUGUUGAAAACGAACCAAUUUGGGGAAAAGGCGAGAGUACAACUAAAGUUGAUGAAUCGUUAGCACAAUACACAGGAGGAAUAGUAAAGGAGGAAUGCAAUAUUCCUCUUCAUAUGGGUCCAUCGGGUCUGCCAGAAUUGGCUCACAUCAUGAUCGGUUUGGAAGCUUGCGGCCACCAGGACCCUGACUUCAUUCCCAUGUGCGUAUUGAACAUGAUGAUGGGAGGUGGGGGAAGUUUCAGCGCAGGAGGUCCAGGAAAAGGCAUGUACACCAGAUUGUACACAAACGUCCUCAAUAGGUAUCAUUGGAUGUUUAAUGCAACAGCGUACAAUCAGAGUCAUGCCGACACCGGACUGUUUUACAUUCACGCAAGCUCGCCUCCGAAUCAUGUUAACAGCAUGAUUGAAAUUAUUCUGAAAGAAAUGGCUGCUAUGGCUGGAGAUGUUGAAACAGAAGAGCUAAAUAGGGCUAAAACACAACUACAAUCAAUGAUCCUGAUGAAUUUAGAAGCUAGGCCAGUUAUGUUUGAAGAUAUUGCCAGACAGGUCUUAGCGACAGGAAAAAGGAAGACACCUGAACAAUUUAUUAAAGAAAUUGGCGCAGUUACAAAAGCCGAUAUUGAAAGAAUAGCAGUAAGGAUGUUGAAGUCACAACCUGCAGUUGCUGCCAGAGGUGAUAUUCGAAAACUCCCUUCUCUACAGGAUAUUCAAACUGGCUUAUCAGACAAAGAAUCUUCUCAGAGCAAAAUGAGGUUCUCAAUUCUCCACUGAUUAGUUUUAAAUAUUUAAAAAUAUCUGAUUUGACAAAUAUAAAAUAAUGUUCUAGUUAUGGCCUUUAAUUAUUGUGUACAUAGUGAAAUGUUUUGCUUUUCAAAAAGUCUAUCAAAAAAAUUUUUCAUUUUAUAUUCUACCUGUCAAAAAGUUAAAAUACAAGCUGUUUAAAAAAUG